GCUGCAACUGCUAUCUUUUCCCUAGAUAAAAGAAGUGCUUCCAGACUUCAAACUUGAAAUUGAGCCAAAGACAACUGUAAGAAGCUAUGGAGAAAAUUCCUUCAUGAUUGUAAUACGGAACCGCGUUGAGGCACCGUGGGACUACCCGGAUUUGCAAAUGGAGGCGCUAAACAAACUGGAGCGACUUAUACAGUUGCCUUUUAUGAGUGAAAUAAAGGUGGACGCAAUUCAAUGGCCCAGUUUAAAAGCUGUCAGAUAUCGAGGAGUAUCUCUGGACGCAUAUUACGCAAUCGACAGAACUACUUCCGAGGGAAACUGCGAAGAGUUUAAAAGCACAUUGCAAACAAUUGUCUCGGCUAAAUUGCUGUGCAGAAAAGCGGGUGAGGAGAAAAGUCUUGUGGAACAAAAUCGAUCAGUUGUAAAGCUGGAACUCAUCUACAAGAAGGGGUCAGUACCCGACGUCCUCAAUUCAAGUAUGUACAUGCAAAUGGCGACGACGUUCAAACCAUUGGAUGGUCAAUGUCUAUAUCCAAUUCAAAUAAGGCCCAAAAUAUCAUUCCACGAGCCCAGUAAACUGUUUCCUCGAUACGACGGAUACGCCUUCGAAAUAGUCUUAGAAAAGAGGUUCCUAAAAGAAACCGAUCCGAAGGCUAUUUGUGACACGAUAAAAAGAGGAACAACCAUAGAAAUCUCGGAAUGUCAUCCUGACGAUGCGACACGUCCAAAACGUGUACGCAUUAUGACAACUGCAUCCAAUGAUGGUGUGUUGAACGUGAUGUCCCAACUGAUGAAGCAGCUCAAUGAAAAAGAUCCAGCUUCUUGUUUUUGCAACGUAGCGUUGAUUAUGCAAAAGAAGGAUAUUCCCGAAAAAUAG